AUGGAGCGCCCGGAUGCGCUUCAUCGGGUGCGGCCAUGCGCCGAACCGGCUCUGCCGGCGAUCAGAUCGUCGGCCGCGAGGCAGGGUGGCGGAAGAUUUGCCGAAGAGCAUCGGCGCGGAUGCGCCCCAAGGCUGGGCAAGAGGCUGGGAGGCUGUGGCGGGGCGUCCAGGGUGCCCGGAGGAAAGUGCGGUGCCGGGAAUGGUGGGACGGAUUGGGAGGAGGAGAUGAGGGCGUUCCGGAAGCGGACGCUGAAGCCCAACCAGCUGGCCACGCUGCGACAGAUCGAGGAGAGCAAGGUGGACGUGGGGGAGGUGCUGGCCUGCCAAGAUGGUGUGGCAAUCGUGGAGGGUCUCAACAACGAUGCUCCCAAUGGGACGACCCUCGCCUUUGCAGAUGGUGCCGCUGGGGUGCUCGCUUGGCGGAGGAGUGACAGCAUCUGCUUCGCACUCAUACUGGACAGGAAGCCUGUGACCAUUGGAGAGGAGGUGAAAUGCAACUUAAAGGGAAUCAUACAGCUGGUGGACGAGUCCUCGGGGGCUGCGACGAAGCGGGAGUAUGACAUCUUGAGCGUGCCCGUGGGCCGGGGCCUCAUCGGCAACGUCGUGGACUUCAGGGGCCGUGCCAGGGGGACUGGCGAAGUGGUGCCAUCCAGCAACAGGGUGCCCUUGCUGAAUGACCAGCUGGACAUGCAGUCCAGGGAGCCAAUCUGCGAGCCAUUUUUCACUGGGAACAAGGCUGUGGACGCCCUCACGCCCGUGGGCCGCGGCCAGUGCAUCCUGCUGAUGGGCACAUCUGGCUCGGGCCACUCCUCACUCGCUGUGGACAUCAUCCUGGGGCAGGCGGGCACUGACGUGGCGUGCGUGUAUGCGGCGGUGGGGCGCUCCGAAGAGGAGCUGCAGUGGGCGGUGGGGGAGUUGAAGGACCAUGGGGCGAUGGAGUAUACCACAGUGGUGGCCGCGACAGAUGGUGCCUGCCUCGCGGAGCAGUAUGCCACAGCCUGUGCUGCGUGCUCCAUUGCGGAACAGGUUCGCGAUGCAGGUGGCCAUGCCCUUGUCAUUCUGGACACGCUGGAGCCGAUGAUCGAGCUGUGGAUGUUGGUACACAAGACUCUGACCCAGGUAGGUGAGCGGGCUCCCUCGAUAAUCGCCGACGAUUACAAGAGACAGAAGGGAAGCGCAUUUGGAGAUGAAGCUGCAGACCAGUCCUUCGAUCUUGUUGAGUAUGAGGGAAUGUUGGUGUCAGCCACAGCGGCGCAAAGGAGGAGGUUCUAUGGUUCCCUCCUCCAGAGGUCUGCGAAGGUCAGCAAGUCUCUUGGCGGGGGCACACUGACUCUGGUCCCCAUCGUGCGUGGUGUCCCAGCCACAGGCGCUGCGGAGUCAAGGAGCGUGGAGGAGGUCGAGGCGUAUGGCACCCUGUCCAGCGACCUGAAAGCCAAACUGCUGACGGCCGUCACAGCACAAUCAUCCAGCAGCGUGCAGUGUGCUGCCCCUGGUGACCUUGGCACAGAAGUCAUCGAAGAAUUGAUGUCCAUCGCAGAUGGCCAGAUCGUGCUGCUGCCCCCAGACAAAGACUCUCAGAGCCUUCUGCUGGAUGCAAAGCAGAGCUUGUCUCGUAUAGGCUCCCGAGCCUACCCUCCUGUUAUGGCGAUGCUUGCUCCUCAGAUCAGAUUUGAAAUGAUCCAGGCCGCUGACGCCCAGCAGUAUGCGGUGGAUCCGGAUGAUCAGCUGAAUAGGAAGAUGGAGCGGCAUGUUGCUCAGCUGCGCGCUGGGUUCCAGCAGAAUCCAAGACAGGUUGCAUCGAUUGAAGAGCAGGUGGUCUGUCUUGUGGCAUUCGAAGAUGGCCUGUUGGAUGAAGCGGAGCCGUCUGACGUUCCCUCCCGCCUCGAGGAGUUGUACAAGAUCGCAAGGACAUCCGCGCACGGUGUGCUGGAAGAAAUCGCAUCGACACAGAAGAUGACGCAGAAGAUGCGCUACGAGCUGGCGUCUGUUCUGACACGGGGAUACAGGCGGGACUGA